CCAGUGUUAUCUGCCCCUUCCCCCAGUUAACCAGACUGCAAGCUGGUAGUGUUAGGCGCUUAGUUUGUAACUACCUUUAGGAUAAAAGGAGAUGAACUCAUUAAGUGUUCACAGUGACCACUUGGCGUUUAAAUAGCGUAACCAUUUAUGUUGUUUUCAUUGUGUUUAUUUGGCUUUCGCAUGUUUCCAACAUCUCAAACUGCUCUUUUUCUUAUUAGAAGAUGAAGUGUAAGCUGCUGUUAUUUAUAAUAGCUGAACAUAAACUUCAUAAGAUCUUCCAAUCUAGUUACCAUUUGGAUUUACAAUAUCCUAAUUCAUGUAAAAAACCACCCCCAUUUGAAGUGUACUUUUUUAUUUUUAAAACUUUUCUGAUCCUGCAAACACUUACGGCAUCCUUAACUUUACUUGCUUGGAUAUUCCAGAUGACUUCAGUGUAAUGCUCAAUAAUGAAAACGAACAGCUACUGAAGAAGUUGAAAAGGCUGCAUAGAAAAAAUCAACAGCUAGAAAAUGAUUUGGCUCAGAUCCAGGAGAAACUGCAUCUGGAUCAGUUAAUGCGUGACUAUGUCACAAGCAGAGAUAUUCAGGUUCAAACAGAAUCCCACUUAUGGCACAAGGGAAGUGGCAGUCACAACAAGGAAAUGAAAGUAGCAAGCGAAAGUGCCAGAAUACUUCAGAUGUAUAAUAACCUGCAGAAACGUUAUGACACAGAAAUCAAAAUAAACCAGGAACAAAGUGAAACAAUUAAAAAUCUCACUAUUAAAAUUCAUGAGCUAGAGCAUCAACUUCAAGGACAAGAGCAAAGAAUUGAGCAGCUGGAAUGUAAAAAGGUCUCCCAGAAGGACAACGCUGUUUCUGGAGUAAGGACUCCAACAGCAGAGAGAGAAGUAACAUUUUCUCACAGAUGCAUAUGCAAAAAGCAGGGAGCCUGUUCUUGCAAAUAUUUAGAGCUAUUGCUGCUUGAGAUUCAAAAGCUGAAGAAAAAAAAUGAGAAGUUGUCUAGAGAAAAGAGAAUGCAAAGAAAUGAAUUACCUGGAUUAGACAAGGAAUUUUUCGACGAGAUAGAAGAUUUAAAGUAUGCUCUGCAAGAAUCAAUGAAACUGAAUAAUCAGUAUGAAAAGUGCUUGAAACACAUAAGUUCAACAUAUGGAUUUGCUUUUGCCGCACCUUUUGUAACUAGUAAUAGUCAUAUAAUUUAAUAGAAAUUAAACAUUCCAUUUAGAUUUUUAAUGUUGAAUUCUUUCCCCAAAACACAGACCAAGCUGGUUGCCAGGUUAGCACUUCAUUUUCCACAUAAAAUCAUGACUUCCUUGACUCUAACAUGCAAUUUUAGUGUUCUGUAUCUUUUACAUUGACCUUGUGCCUUUGCUAUAUAGUUUUUGAAUAAACUGUCCUUUUAUAAUUUUGUUUUAAAAA